AUGUCUCUAACAGUACCACAGGGCGCAGUAGUGAAAGUCACAUCCACGUCUGAAGUCUCUGAAGUGAUUAAGUUCGCCCGGAAGCAUCGUAUCUCUUUCGCUGUAGAAGCCGGGGGACAUUCCACCACCGGGUCCUCGGCAUCUCAUGGCGGCAUUGUAAUCAGCCUGUCUCAGAUGCGCAAAGUCCUCACAGACCCCGCUUCAAAGACGGUUUGUGUACAAGGUGGCGCAACCUGGCAGGAUGUCAACAGCUCUACGGCUCCCUACGACUUAGUGGUUGUGGGUGCGACUUCAAGUCAUGCCGGCGUCGGAGGAUCGACACUGGGGGGAGGAUACGGAUGGCUAACAGGGAGGUAUGGUCUGAUUAUUGACAGCCUGCUGAGUGUCAGGAUGGUGCUCGCAGAUGGGUCCAUCGUCGAAGCGUCGGAAACGACUUCCCCGGAUCUUUUCUGGGCGGUUCGAGGUGCCGGACAAGCCUUCGGCGUGGUGACCGAGCUUGUCUUCCGUGCGUAUGAUCUCAAACAUCACGUAUUUGGGGGAGCCCUUUACUUUACACCAGAUAGGCUAGCAAAAAUUGUGGAGUUUGCCAAUGAGUUCCACCGUCGCAUGAAUGAGAAUAGCGGCCUCAUGUUUGGGUUCACGGCCCCUCCGUUUAUGGAAGAGACGGCUGUACUGGUCAUUCCUUUCUAUAAUGGCAGCCGCGAAGAGGCUGAAGACUUUUUUGAACCCAUCCUCUCAGCCGGCCCUGCUGCGGGGCAAACCGACAUGAUGUCUUAUACGAAACUCAACGCGGUGGCUAAUGUAGAUCCGUCUCCAGAGGGCCGCAAAAACAUCAACGGGACUAAUAUUUCCCUGCCCUUUGACACUGACUUUGUGUACGACGUAUACAAGCAGUUUGACAGGAUAAUGAAAAGCUGUCGGAGGGUGGGGAAUAGUGUGCUCAUGUUUGAGCUGCUGCCAUAUAAUCACAUUAUUGAAGUACCAUUGGACGCUACGGCUUGCGCCAAUCGGGGCCGGUACUACAAUGUUGGCUCGAUCUUCUGCUGGCCGGAUCCAGAUCUCGACCAGAAGAUGCUGACCGAGCAGCAGGGUAUUAUCUCCAAGAUCGAGAAUUUCGGAUCAGGAUCCCGUGAUGAGGGCGAAAAGCGUGUGGCUAAAUAUGCCAACUAUGCUGGGCAUAAUAUCAGUGCUGCAAACCUGUUCGGCGAGAACUUGGAGCGGUUGCAGCAGUUGAAGAGAGCCUACGAUCCCAACAAUGUCUUCAGAAAGUGGCACGACCUCCUCCAUCAAAAGAACCCAGUAUAA